AUGGGUUUGGUUACAGAAGAAAUCAGAGCUAGGGCAGAGAAAUACACAGGAGAUGAGAUUUGCCGCGAGAAGACAAAGGAGUUCCUCAAGGAAGUAUCUAUGCCUAAUGGGCUAUUGCCAUUGAAGGACAUCGAAGAGGUUGGUUACGACAGAGAAUCUGGUGUUGUGUGGCUCAAACAGAAGAAGAGCAUCACCCACAAAUUCGAAGCCAUUGGGAAGCUUGUCUCUUACGGCACUGAGGUCACCGCGGUUGUGGAAACCGGAAAGAUCAAGAAGCUGACCGGCGUUAAGGCCAAGGAGCUUCUUAUUUGGGUCACUCUCAAUGAGCUUGCCUUGGAGCAGCCAACAAGCUCCGGGAAGAUCAAUUUCAGGACACCGACCGGACUCUCCAGGACUUUCCCAGUGUCUGCUUUUGUGGUACCUGAGGUUGAGAAGCCUGCAAUGGAGAAGAACAAUGGAACCACUGAGGUCAAAGAAGCUGUUGCACUCACAGAUGCUUAG